UUUUCCAAAACCGAAGAAUGAUCAAAUUUUAUCCAUUUGUUAUAUAAUUAUAGAAACACACGAACAUAGCCUGGUGAUAUACUUUAUCGGAAAUAUCUCCUUCACUUCGCUACAAACUUCUGUCCGAAAUUACUUCGCAAGGGCUAUCAAAAUCUCAAAUAUUCCCUUGAGGGAGUUCUCUAUGGAAUUUCCAAGGAAACAAUAAAAAUAUGAGUGCUCAAGCUUUGUGGGUUCUCUUAAAAACCAGGAGUUGUAUAAUUCUCAGCUCUGCCCAGCUGUUAAAGGCAAACUGGCCGUCAGUCUUCAGUAAUACUUGGCUGCUGGCGGUUGUGAAAUUAAGCUUGCUUUGAGUUGCUCUAUUAAUUGAGAAAGUGAGUCCAUAAAUCCGGUAAGCAUGAACUGCUGUGAAUCGAUGGAGUCCAAGAAUCGAAAGCGCAUCAAUGAUGAAAUCGAAAGGCAGUUGCGCCUGGACCAGAGAAAUGCGAAUCGCGAGCUUAAACUGUUGCUACUGGGUACGGCCGAGUCCGGCAAGUCAACAUUUUUUAAACAGAUGCGUAUUAUCUACGGCAAUGGCUUUUCGGAAAAAAAGAAGCGUGAGUACAUCAAGCUGGUAUUCCAGAACAUAUUUAUGGCCAUGCAGUCAAUGAUCAAGGCCAUGGACAAGCUGGAAAUUUCCUAUGGUCAAAAAGAACAAGGCGAACUGGCCGAUCUUGUGAUGAGCAUCCAUUACGAGAAGGUUGAAGUGUUUGAGGAUCCGUAUGUGAGUGCCAUUAAAACGCUUUGGGGCGAUGCUGGCAUACAGAAGUGCUACGAUCGUCGCAGGGAAUAUCAGCUAACUGAUUCGGCCAAAUACUACUUGAGCGACAUAGCUCGAAUUGAGCAAGAUGAUUAUUUGCCAACCGAACAGGAUAUUCUGCGUGCUCGAGUGCCGACAACUAAUAUUCAUGAGUAUCCAUUCGAAUUGGAUGGGUUUGUGAUCAGAAUGGUUGACAUAGCAGGACAACGAUCCGAAAGAAGAAAAUGGAUUCAUUGCUUUUCGAAUGUGACAUCAGUUAUAUUUUUGGCAGCGCUUUCGGAAUACGAUCAAGUCUUGUUUGAAUCUGACAGUGAUAAUCGAAUGAUGGAGUCUAAGGCUUUAUUUCGAACGAUAAUUACAUGCCCUUGGUUUCAAAACUCGUCACAUAUUCUUUUUCUGAACAAAACAGACUUGUUGGAGGAAAAAAUAAUGUUUUCGCAUUUGGUGGACUAUUUUCCUGAAUACGAUGGUCCACAGCAAGAUGCAAAAGCGGCUCAAGAAUUCAUAUUGGAAAUGUAUCAAGGAUUAAAUCCAGAUUGUUGUAAACAAAUCUAUCCUCAUUUUACAUGUGCUACAGAUACGGAAAAUAUUAGGUUUGUUUUUGCGGCUGUUAAGGACACAAUUCUGCAAUUGCUUCUUAAUGAUAAUAAUUUGCUAUAAAAUUCAUGUAGAUCUAAUUUUUUUAUGAGUUUA